UUGCUAUAGAGAUUGAGAUAUUUAUUUGAUUAAGCGAGUGAAAUAUAUGCAGGAUAAAAGUAUGGGAAAGACAGGAUACGAUGAAGAAGAAUAUAGAAGACGCAGGAGAGAAGGACGUUAUGGCGAAAUUUUUUCUAAAAUGGAAGGUUUCAGGGUUAAAAAAGCGGUUCAACAGGAGACAUUAUGUAAACAUUAUUUUUAUGAAAAAGAGGGGAUAAAAGAGAGAAAAGACAUAGAAAUGGGAAUUAGAAGGACUAGGAAACGUUCAGUAUCACCAUUCUAUAAAGAAUAUUCGAAAAAAAGCAGUAGAAAGAUGCGUUCGAUGAAUAUACAUGAUAAAACAUGUAUAGAAAAAAGAAGAGAAAAAAUGUAUGAAAGACGAAGUCCAUGUGAAAAUAGAUCAAGAGGAAUAUCACCAUUUGGGAUAUGUGAUAAAAGGUUUAAUUCGCGUUCACCCGUAUCUAUAAAUGUUAGUGAAAGACGAUAUAUUGAUGAUUUAUCACGUUCAAGGUCCAAUUCCUUGGAAAGAUAUAGUAAAUCGCCGAAACAUGUAUCAAUGAAGAAAGAAACUAAUUAUUCACCUGAAUAUUAUAAGAAUCGACAUUUUUAUCAUAAACAUAAGAAUCAUUUUUUACCAUCAUUGGAAGAUAGGAACACGGAAUAUCAGAAAACGUCUAAUCAUAUCAAUGAAAAGGGUCAUCAACAUUCGUUAUCAUUUUCAGCAUCAUCAUCAUCAUCAUCAUAUAAUCAUUCUUCAUACAAGUCUAAUCAUGAAACUAAUCAUUAUAAUUCUAGAUUUGCAUCUAAAGAAAAUUAUAAGAAUAAUUUAUCUGCAUCUUAUCAUAAGGAUAACACCGAUACGGCCCGCAUAUCUUACACGGCCUAUUCACAUGAAAAACAUAGACAUGCUAAUGAUUUAAAAGAUUCAAGAUAUAGAUAUUCUAAUAGUCGAAGCCCACGUCAUAGGUCAUCAUUUUCUAAUAAACUUAAUGAAAAUAAUAAAGAGACAAAUAUUUUAUAUGAAAGUCCUGAUUCAUAUACUGAAAGUAGUUAUGCAACAGCGAAUACACAUAAAUAUAAGGAUAUAAGUGAUAAAAAUUCUGAUUAUCGAUAUGAUACUGAAAAUAGCAGCAAUUAUACUCAAUCUGUUCAAAAAAGUCAUAAGAAAUUGCAUGAUACAGACGAAUUGUUUAAUAAAACUCCUUUGAAAAUUAUGGAUCUUAAGAAAGAUGUUGCUAAAAAACAAGAUGAUACUAUUGGUCCUUCUUUUUCUGGAAAUACUAAACAUUCUAUGACUCCUAUAAUAUCAUUUAAGCUAUCAAAUACGAAAAAUACAUUAUCAACAUCUAGGGUUUAUCUAGACAAUACUACUGAUUUAAAUGAAACAUCAUAUCCUCCUAACAAAAUUCAAGAAUCCAAAACUAGCUUAAUUAUGGAAAAUGCACAGAACGAAUUUAAGUUAUCAAAAAGAUCAUUUGAUUUUUAUGAUGCAUUGAAAAAUAAUGAAAAUCUUGAUUCCUCAUUGAUGAAAAAAUCCAGAAAAUCAUCUGAAAAUAUUCCAAUAAGAGACCCGGAAAAUAAUAUAAAUUAUUCUAAUAAUAAUAAUAUUCAUCGGCAUUCUGAGGAUUCUCAGACUCAGAAAAAUGUAUCUAUUAAAAUGCCAAUAGCAAAGAUAACUAUGAUGGAUUCUAAAGAGGGAUUUGUAUAUGAAAGGAUUGGUCAAGUCGGUGAAGGAACAUAUGGAAAAGUUUAUAAAGCUCGUAAUAGAAUAACUAAUGAAUUGGUUGCUUUAAAGAAAAUUAGAAUGGAAUAUGAAAAAAAUGGGUUUCCUAUUACUGCUAUGAGAGAAAUCAAAUUAUUGCAAUCGUUAAAACAUCCUAAUGUUGUUUGUCUUUUAGAAAUGAUGGUAGAAAAAAGUACUGUAUAUAUGGUUUUCGAGUAUAUGGAUCAUGAUUUAUCUGGUGUGUUAUCAAAUCCUAACUUUCGAUUUGAGCCUUCGCAUGCAAAACAUCUUUGUAAACAAAUGUUAGAUGGAUUAGAAUAUCUUCAUCAUCGUGGAGUAUUACAUCGUGAUAUUAAAGGAUCAAAUAUUCUUCUUGAUAAUUUUGGGCAAUUAAAGUUAGCAGAUUUCGGAUUGGCUCGUUAUUACCAUAAAAAGCGUGAUACAGCGGAUUAUACUAAUAGAGUAAUUACUCUUUGGUUUCGACCUCCAGAACUUCUUUUGGGUGCUACGGCAUAUGGACCUGCCGUUGAUAUAUGGAGCGCAGGAUGUAUAAUGAUUGAAUUGUUUACAAGAAAGCCAUUGUUUCCAGGACAUGAUGAAAUUCAUCAACUUGAGCUUAUUUAUGAUAUGAUGGGAACGCCAACACAUGAAAAUUGGCCUAGUGUAGACCAAUUGCCAUGGUUCGAACUGCUUAAACCAUCUGAAAAAAAAAUAGGAAAGUUUUAUGAUCGUUAUUCAUCAAUUUUGUCUCCUGCGGCUUUAAGUCUUCUUUCUAAUAUAUUAGCACUAGAUCCAUCAAAACGACCAACUGCUACUGAUGCAUUAAAACAUACUUUUUUUACUCAAGAAGAACCUAAACCGAUGCCUCCCUUAGGGCUAGGCAAUAUGAAAGGAGAUUGGCAUGAAUAUGAAAGCAAAAGAAGAAGAAAAUUAAGAGAAGACAAAGAAGUAAAUGAAAAUAUAGAAACUGGGAAUAUAAAGAAAUAAAUUUGUAAUUAUAAACAUUAAUAUUCAGAAAUUUAUUAUUAACAAUG